UACAUAAACGCCUCUUCACUUAGUGGACCGAAUUAUUAGUACACAUCACCAAAUAACGGGCGAUUAUUUACUUGAUUAAAAUCAUUAUCUGUUAUGCAGUGAUUACCUGAGUAUAGGAUACUAUCUUUUAUAAAAUCAAACAAUUAGUUGCUGACUCAUUUCCAUUUUUAUCUUGAAAACUACAUAACGUACGUAAGGAUACAACACUAUACUUCGGUUGUGAUUAGGUUUGGGGAAAUACCUACAUGAAAGGGGAAUCCUUCGACGACUUGGCCUGCUUAUCAUUAACAAAAUCGAAGGAAAGCCAUGACUACGGAAAUCGAAGAACACAUUUUACAGAAAUAUGAGAUCAAGACUCGUUUGGGCAAAGGGGCAUAUGGUAUUGUAUGGAAGGGAAUUGAUAGAAGAACUGGGGAGCUUGUCGCCAUCAAAAAAGUGUUUGAUGCGUUUAGAAACAGAACAGAUGCACAGAGAACAUUCAGAGAGAUUAUGUUUCUACAGGAAUUUGGUAGCCACCCCAAUGUGAUAAAGUUGAUCAAUGUUAUCAAGGCUGAGAACAACAGUGAUAUUUAUUUAGUAUUUGAAUACAUGGAUGUUGAUCUCUAUACCAUUAUUAAAAAAGGCAAUAUAUUAGAAGACAUUCAGAGAAGGUAUAUAAUGUAUCAAAUCUUAAAAGCAAUCAAGUAUAUCCAUUCUGGUAACGUCAUACAUAGAGACAUGAAGCCAUCCAAUAUUCUUCUUGAUGCUGAGUGUUUUGUGAAAGUUGCCGACUUUGGUCUCGCUAGAUCGUUACAUCAGCUUGAUGAUAUGGACACCUCAGCUAACCCAGAAAUGACAGAUUAUGUAGCUACCAGGUGGUAUCGAUCACCAGAAAUAUUGUUAGCAUCAAAAAAAUACACAAAGGGUGUUGAUAUGUGGAGUGUAGGGUGUAUUAUGGGUGAAAUGUUACUGGGAAGACCGUUAUUUGCUGGCACAUCAUCAUUUAACCAAAUAGAGAAAAUCAUGAGUUCAAUACCAAGACCAAGUCAAGCUGACAUCCAAGCUAUUCAGUCACAAUACGCCCAGUCAGUCUUAGAUAAGAAUAUUGUCAGGCACAGACGAGAAAUUGAAGACAUCAUACCACAUGCCAGUGAUGAUGCAAUAGAUUUAUUAAAAAAACUUUUACAGUUCAAUCCACAUAGAAGAAUUACAGUAGAAGAUGCACUCAGACAUCCCUAUGUAUCAAGGUUUCAUAACACUGCUGGUGAGAUAUCCCUUGACUAUGAUGUCAUACCACCGCUAGAUGACGAUACUCUUCUAACAGUCAACGAAUACAGAGAUAAGCUGUAUGAACUUAUAAAAGAUAAAAAGGCACAGAUUAGAAAACACAAGAAAGAAAUUUUAGAAAAACAGUCCCAACAAAGAACACAACAAUCACCGCCACCAUCGCCAGUGGAAAAAUCUCCACGUGUGACUGUUGAGUCCAAUGUGGAAGUCAGGAGGACACCCAGAAAGGGUGAAGGUGACCAAGAUCAGCGCAACUUUUAUGGUAGGUUUUCAUUCUUUUCAUAA